AUGAAAGAGAUUGAAAACGUGUCGUGCAUUCGGUUUAAAGUGAGAACUAAUCAGAAAGAUUAUCUCAAUAUUAUUAAAAGCAAAACUUCCCAAACAUCUGUAGGCCGUAGGGGCGGUGCCCAAGCGUUCAACCUAAAUAAAUCAGUCAUGAACAAAGGGAGUAUAAUGCACCGCCUACUACAUGCCCUGGGUCUAAUUCACGAGCACGUGCGAUCCGAUAGGGACACCUAUCUAAAUGUAUACCUAAAUCGUGUUUCACCUGAUGUUACAUAA